GUUCAGUCAGUCACUACUCAGUCGAUAUAACAUCCUCUCGUCCACGUUCACUCUAUCCCUUCAACGCACAGACACACUCAGAAACACACACUGAAGAUCAAUCAAUGGCGUCCACUUUCCAGCUGAAACCCCUAUCCUUUUCCCUAGUUGUCACCGGCUCAUCGGUAUCUCCGCCUCUCUCUCUACGUCCCGUUGGGCUUAUCCGCGGCGAAUUCUUCGGUGGUGGCUGCCGCACUCUCCGCCUGCCGCGGCGGAGAUGGAAGAAGCCGCGGCCGAGAUCCCAGGCUCGUUACUCUAUGGUAUUCUACAACGCCUCGCUCGACUCGCACCCGAUUCUCGUCUUCGCGGCCGCUAUUGCCACCGUGUCCGCCGUUACUGUUGUGUUUAUAUCUUACUCGAUAAAACAGCUCAAUGUAAAGCAGAUGUCAGGAAAGCUAACACUUGCAGUAUCUGAACAAAUAAGAAGUAUGAUGGGUUGGAUGCUUACAGAUUCACAUAGUCAACAAAGGAAGAAAGGAUCUGUUUAUGGGAGCAAAGAUAGUAUGGGAGAAACUAGAGAAACCGAUCAUGCAAAUAAUUAUGUGAGUGAUGAGUUUAAAUUCAGGGAAAAAGUUGCCACUGCUGGAGGAGCUGUCGUUGAAGUGGCAUCUCAGUUUCAAUCAGACACAGUCGCUUCAAGUUCCCACGAUUAUUCGACUUCCCAAGCAUCCGAAACCAUUGAGAUACCAUCUCUGCCUUCGGUAUUAUCCAAUCAUGGUGUUCAAAAUGUAGAUGAACACCCAAAUUCAGCUGCUUCUAAAGUUGCAGUAAUGGAGACUGUGGUUGGCAAGUCUCUUUCGCCAGCAGCUCACAUACAUGAAGGAACAAAUCAAUAUGGUGGUCGAAAGAUUGAAUUCCUCGAAAAGGAUGAUACAAAUAUCUUUAACCAUAUUUUCAACAGCUCUGCACGCAAAGAACUGCACACCAUUGACAAGAUGUGCCUGGAACAGCUGGACAACCUGGAACCAGUGUCAUAUUAUGCUACCCUUCAGAUGAAACACAGCUAUUCCUCGCGCAUGUACAAUUCUGUGGGGGGAGGAUCGAAUCUUGCUGCAUGCAAUGCUAUCUUACCUAUAGAGAAGUCGGAAGAGGAUAGGCCUCUUGGAUAUCACAGUCAAGGCUUUCUCUUCCAGCAGAAGGAUGCAAUACAUAGGUUGGAGUUAAGAAAGAAGGACAACAAAGCAAUCCAUUGUGAUACGCCUAAGAACUCACCCCCACCUUCUGAUCCCAAGGAUAAGCUUAACCAUGACAAGCAUAAUCAUUCGUGGCAAUUACGUGUUUACAACCAACUUUUGAGGGAAGGAAGGUUAAAUGAUUGCAUAGAGUUGCUUGAGGAUUUGGAAGAGAAGGGUUUGUUGGAUAUGGAUAAGGUUUAUCAUGGAAGGUUUUUUGAAGUUUGCAAAGUUAAGAAGGAUAUUAGGCAGGCAUUCCGCUUCACUAAAUUCAUCCCAAACCCAACCUUGAGUACGUUCAACAUGCUUAUGUCUGUUUGCACGAGCUGUCAAGAUUCAGAAGGUGCUUUUCGAGUUCUUCAACAUGUUCAGGAGGCUGGUUUAAAGGCUGACUGCAAACUUUACACUACUUUGAUCUCAACCUGCGCUAAAAGUGGCAAAGUGGAUACAAUGUUCAGAGUUUUCCACGAAAUGGUAAAUGCUGGAGUUGAACCAAAUCUUCACACAUAUGGCGCACUCAUUGAUGGUUGUGGAAAAGCAGGGCAAGUUGCUAAAGCUUUUGGUGCCUAUGGAUUACUCAGAUCUAAGAACGUGAAACCAGACCGAGUAAUUUUCAAUGCGCUUAUCACUGCAUGUGGUCAAUCAAAAGCAGUGGACCGUGCAUUUGACGUGUUAGCUGAAAUGAGCGCAGAGAAACACCCCAUUGACCCUGAUCACAUCACAAUUGGUGCACUGAUGAAGGCUUGUGCCGGUGUUGGUCAAGUAGAUCGGGCGAGAGAGGUUUACAAUAUGAUUCAUAAGUACAACAUUCGUGGCAAUGCAGAGCUUUAUACUAUUGCAGUGAACAGCUGCAGUGAUUGGGAAUUUGCCUGCAGUGUUUAUGAUGACAUGAUAAAAAAAGGUGUCGCUCCAGAUGAGAAAUUUAUCAGUGCCUUGAUAGAUGUUGGCGGGCAUGCUGGAAAAGUUGAUGCUGCAUUUGAAAUUGUACAAGAAGCUAAGGCUAGAGGGAUGAAUGUUGGAAUAAUUUCGUACAGCUCGUUGAUGGGAGCCUGUAGCAAUGCUAGAGCCUGGCAGAAGGCAGUGGGUCUGUAUGAGGACAUCAAGAGAUUGAAUUUGAAGCCAACAGUGUCAAUGAUGAACGCCUUGAUAACUUCUUUGUGUGAUGCUGAUCAAUUGCAGAAGGCCAUGGAAAUUUUACAAGAAAUGAAAGGCUAUGGACUGCGUCCAAAUACUAUAACUUACUCCAUUCUUGCAGUGGCAAGUGAAAAAAAGGAUGAUCUAGAAGCUGGCCUCGCUCUUAUUUCUGAAACCAAAAAAAAUGGUGCGACUCCCAGCCUUCUAAUGUGCCGGUGUCUCAUAGUUUGUUUUCUGAAGCUAUGUGCUCAAGGAGAUUCCAAACAGCUAAUACACUUGGUGACCCAGUGCUGUCUUUCACCUAUGGGGGAGUUCAGAUUAAUAGUAAAUGAAUUAGGAGAGUAUGUUGUGGAUGCAGCUAUCAUGAGGACCUCCUUGGCCUUGAUGGUGUACAGAGAAACAAUCCUAGCUGGUGUUGUACCUACUAUGGAUGAACUAUCUCUUGUCUUGGGUUGCCUACAGCUCCCUCAUGAUGUAUCUGUACGGAAUAGACUCAUUGAGAAUCUUGGAGUUAAUGCUGAUAAAUCAAAAGACGCAAAUCUCUUUUCCUUGAUUGAUGGAUUCGGGGAGUAUGAUCCCCGUGCCUUUUCUAUAGUUGAGGAGGCUGCUUCUCUUGGAGUUAUUCCAUUUGUCUCUUUUAAAGACACCCCAAUCGUUGUUGAUGCAAGAAAUUUUCAAGUUCAUACAGCUGAGGUAUACCUCUUGACAGUUCUGAAAGGCCUCAAGCAUCGGUUGGCAGCUGGUGUAAAGUUGCCUAAUGUAACUAUUUUACUGCCCGUAGAAAAAACACAAAUUCAGACUUCUUCUGGGGAGAAAAUAGUUAAUAUUGCGGGCAGUUAUUCCAAAGAUGGAUGCCAUUUUAACAAGAUAAGUCAAGCAGUUGCAGCCCUGUUGAGGAGACUUGGAUUAUCUUAUAUAGGAAACGAGUCAUAUGGAAAGAUUCGAAUAAAUGGCGUCACCAUAAGGACGUGGUUCCAGCCAAAGCUUCGUUCUCGAUUCGAUGCAAAUAAUAUGGAUUUUAGCUCAUCCGUAAGACAUCUGGGUUCGGGAAUAAGUCGUCAACAGUUCGAAAUCAGAACCGACCAUUUUUCAUUGGAAUAAGGUUUACAUAUAUGGGUGCCUUGGAGAAUUCAUUCACUUGAUAAAUUAAUAAUCCAUUAUUAUUAUUACUAUUAUCCCUAGUUGGCCGACUCUUGUUGGUGUUAUGAUGGCUCACUGUCUCGGCAAUAGAAAGUAUCCUUUUACAUGAGCUUUGAACAGUUGAUUUAUCAACUAUAGCUGCCCUGGAAUACGAAACCUGCAGGUGGUUUUGAGUUGGAUUGAAUUGGACUACGAGCUCUAAGGACCACUUCUUUGAAUUUUGUGAAGCAAAAGUUGAAGUAUUGGAUGAAGAUUUUAGGGUGGUACCCGUUGUAAUCGGCCCUUUGUAAUAUAAAUGAAGUACUGGAUGAAGACAUUGUCUUGUUGGCUUUGUGUUCUUUUCUAUAAUGAAUGCACAGCCAAAUACUGUUGUGUAGUAAUUAUGUAUCCUUUAUUUUCUAAAUUGCUCAAAUGGAAAGAGGAUUAAAGAGAUGAAUUGGUAUAUUUGUACACUUCAACAUUUUGAGUGGUUAAAUCUGUCUAGGCAUCAUGUAACAGUUUCUGGUAGAAGAUUUAUGGAGUGUAAUUUGUUAUGUAUUGUAUAUAUCAGGGCAUCAUUUCUUGACUACUAUGCUCUUCUCAGGUUAUAGUGAAUAUAUAUACGCACAGUAAUGUUGUUUUGACAUUUUCAUGUUUGUUGUCCUUUAAGGUGCCUAACGAAAUUCUGGAAAAUAUGCUCAGUGCUUGUUCUGGAGAUUGAAAUGGGGAAACAGGGAAUUUCAGAACUUUGCUUAAUUCUCUGAAAUAAUGCCAGAUAAUAGUGCUAUUUGAGCUUCAAUUACUGGCAGAUUACAUUUUUUCAGUAUGAAUUGAGCAACCUUAAACAUGAUUGCUUGUACAUCUGCUUUUGUAAUGAGCCAGAUAUUGGCUUUAUGUAUAAAAUGAUCAAGUCAGUGGACACAAGCUGAAACUCUAUUGGAGUAUACCACUAUGCUAUUGAGGUAGAAGAAAGCUCAAAUUUUGUUGGUUGAGCACGAACAAGCCGUGUACUUCAUGACAUACCCAGCUCAGAAGUCAAGUUGACAAAGGCUUCCUCCUUACAAGGAAAUGUCAGGCCACCCAUAGGAUGAUCGAAACCAAACUCUUGUUCGGCUUGCCGUAACAAGUCUUGAAAUGCAGGAUGCUUCAGGAGGGGCACUGUGGGUUGCUUCAAAACAUCAACACCUUAAAAACUGGGAUUUGUAAAGACAACGAUAUUUGGCUGCAAUCUUGAAGUGAUUUCAACAAACACAUUUUCACUGCACGGAAUUGUAAGUCCUCCCAUUGGAUGAUUGAACCCGAAUUCUUCCUCCGCUUGUUGCAACAAAUCUUGAAAUAACGGGUGGUUGAGGUACGUUAUCGGCACCACAUACCUUUUCCUUUGAAAUUCCCCGACAUAAACUGCCAGAUGGCCUUUCGGCACUUCCGGUUGAUUUUUAUUGAGAAGGGACUGAAUUUUGGAGAAUUGCUUAGCGUUCGAAAUCAACGAAUGGAAACGAAUAGCCAUACUUUGUUUCUNAUAUUUGGCUUCUGAGUUU